GGUUAAAAUUAAACGCACGGCCAGCAUCUUUUCUUUCUCCAGUCUUCAUUCAUUUCGACAUUUCAGAAAUAUAUUUUUAUUCUGCGUAGAGAUCAAAACAUUUAGUUUCAACUUUAUGCCUUUUACCCAGCAGCUAGCUGCUCAUGACUUGUCGAUAGAUCGAUCUAAGAGCUAGCAUUCUCGAAAACUUUUUUGGGACUAUGGAUGGCAAGCAUAUAAUAUGCAUCUCAUCCUCAUCUAUGUUGGAUAAUCAAUAGCCUGCAGCAUGCGGCGGCCAGCAGGUUGAUUAGCUGAGAAGAUCAGUAUGUUUGCCUCAUCCCAAUAAUGAGAGAAGUAAGAUGAUCACAAAAUCAAGAGGCAAAGAUGUUCAAGCUAAUCAAGAAAGCCCAACUGAUGACAGAAAGUUCUCAAAGGCAGCUGCGUCAGUUGGUACUUCAUCAAGGCAAUGGUCAGGAUCUAGAAAUCCAAGGAUUGUACGUGUCUCUCGUUCUUUUGGAGGAAAAGAUAGGCACAGCAAGGUUUGCACCAUAAGGGGAUUGAGGGACAGAAGAAUUAGGCUUUCAGUGCCCACAGCAAUUCAGUUGUACGAUCUACAGGAUAGGCUGGGGCUUAGUCAGCCUAGCAAAGUCAUAGAUUGGUUGCUUGAUGCCGCUAAACAUGAUAUUGAUCAACUUCCACCUCUACCAAUUCAUCAGGGAUUUGGUCAAUUACACGAACAAUUUUCCUAUGAACCAAACACAUCUCAGUACUCUUCUGUCAUUUCUUCAUUCGAUGCAAAUGCUGCAUUUGUAAAUGAAGUUUCUGAUAAAGGAAAGGGGGUCAAAACAAAUGAAGAAGAUCAGAUUCAGUAUGGAAUUGGUGGACAAAAUCCAGCUCAAAAGCUUUUCCCUACGCCAAAUCAUUCCUCUUCCUUACCAGGAUUGUUAAACAAUGCCAUGGCCUACAAUUCUUACUAUAAUUCUGAGCCUUCUGCUUUAUCUUUAUCUCAGUUUGGAAGCCAUGGAUUAUCUCCAUCACAGAUAGAUCAUUCCCAUACAACGAACGCCAUACCAGUACAGCUUCCAUCUGGGUCUCAAUAUUUUUUCUGUCCAUCUUCAACUACAUUACCAGCAGUUUUCACUCCAUAUCCUUCCUAUAUUUCGACCCUAAUAGAGAGUGACCCGAUACAGAUCAACCAUAUCCAAUUGUUGAGCUCAAGUUCUUCACAGCAUGUUCUACCUCAUCAUCCUGGCCUCAUUCCAUCUCUGCAUUCAGUUGGAUCACCUUUGAAGCCCUUUCCACCAAAUGAUCAGAAUCCCAAGCUAACUCAAUCACAUCCAAACAAUAAUGAUCAGAACAAACUGGAUCGAUCAUAAGGAUAGCACUGGUUCUAUCAUUCCACGGCUAGCUUAUCAUGGAUGGAUAUGUUCAACAAGUGGCAGGAGAGGAAUCAUGAUCAUCAAUUACAAGAUGGUCGAUGUUUCAAGCUGCUCUUCGAAUAUAUUGUCCAGUAAAAGUAAGACACUCCCAAAAAAAAAAAAAAAAAAAAAAAAAAAUCUCCUUCUAACCCAUGAUUUGCAGAAAAUGGCCGUGAUGAUCAUGUCAAUACAUGCAAUUAGUUUGUAAUGAUUAUAUAUAGUACUUGAGAUAUUUGAGUGCUUAUAUAUAAUUUUUUGUAACAAACCAAUUAGUUAUAUAUUCAAUAAUGGAGAUAGAGAAUAUUGAAUGCGUCA